UUCUCGAGAAAAGAAAACGCAAAGAAAUCAAUGGCUGAGAACAGUGAAAACUGAAACAAAAGUUGCUGCACCACAAUUUCAUUCCAAAGUGAGGAAACAGAAAACCAGAAUGCUUGCCGUGCCAAAGCAGAGCAUUUCGAUCAUUGCCUUACAGCAGCGUCUAAUAUCACUGCAGCAACAGGUUGCUGUUACUCAGAACGGAAAAAAAGCAGCCUUAAACACUGUAAAUGAACUGAAACAGAACAAUCAAAAAUUAACAGCUCAAUUGACUUUGGUGAACCAGAAACUUCAAGUCAACAAACAGACAAUUCAGAAGCUGACAUUUGAUCUCACGGAGGUGCAGCAACAGAAGGCUGCGCUGGACAACAGGUUGAAUCAAAUGGAAGGACAACCAUCUCUUGUCACCAGGUCAGCAGAUGAGAGUUCAUCGUUAGCUUCCAAUCAGGCUCCGAAUGCUCCAGCUACACCUCGAAAACCAAUGGAAGCAGAACUGAAACAGCUGCAGAGUAAAUUGAAGAAUGCAACAAAUGAGAUUUCAAAGCAUUUAGCUACCAACAAAACCCUAAAAGCUGACCAGCAAGAAAAGGAUGAACAGAUUCAGCAAUUGCAGGAAAGGAUUGGUCGUAUGGAAAGAGAUAUCAGCAUGAAGCGACAAUUAGUGGAAGAUCUUAAAUCAAAACUGAAAACAAAUCAGGAAAAUGAUAAAGUGUAUAAAGGAUUGUUGGAAGAUAUGGAAAAGAAGGUAAGGAUACUGACUGAAGAAAGCUCUACCAGAAAGGCACUUACAGAGUCACUAAAGCAAAGACUUAAUGUUGUGACAAAAGAAAAAUCAGCCUAUGAGGAAAUGUACCGUAAAACCACUGGAGAAUUGGAUAAAAAGAAUCAGAAACUGCAUGAUCUUAAAACGAAAAUGAUUGAGACUGAAUCAGCAAUGACGGAACUAGAGACAACAGCAUCACAACAGAUGCAUGGACUGGCAAUGCAAAGUGAACAGGCUUUAGCAGGCAUUCAGAAGAAACUCACUGUUGCUAAUGAAAGAGUGGAUAAAUUUAUUACAUUGAUAAAGUCUUUAGCCAACGAGAUAUGCAAAGAAAUUCAAGGCAGAAGAACCCAAUUGAAAAGAGCAAAGGUGAAACAUACAAACCAUGAAGGUCUUUCAAAAGAGUCUGUCAACAGAGCCCAGUCCAUGGCAGCAUCUAUUCUCAAUAUUUCACAAAGUGAUCUGCAGGAUAUUUUGGAUCUUGAGGAUGAAGUGAAUGCAGAAGAAAAUAAAGAUGCUUUGCGGAAAGAUCAGAAUUGGCUAGCUGAAAUACAGAGGAUUCUGGAAGGCCAGCUUCCCCGUGCUUCAAGUUUACUGGAAGCAAUGCUGGAAAAGAUAGUGGAGAAAGAGAAACUAGCAGAAGAAUAUGCCUUGCUCUCAAAAGAAGCAAGCUGAAAGCCUUAUGUAAUUCCACCUGAGGCAGCUACGUUACAAACAAAACCAAAUCCCAUUGUGUAAUUAAAACACACAUAGGCUUUGUAAUGUUCUACAUUAUUUUAGCAUUUGAUUCUACAAAAUAAACAGAAAGAAAUUGAAA